AAAUAAAAUCACAUUUGUUUCUCAAAAACAUAAUUAGAAAAUUAUAAGCUUCUUAAUAUGGACAAUAUUCAUUUGAUUUUCCCACUUUUACUUGUGUCUUGUUUCUUUUUCCCAUCUACCACAAAUGGCUACUCUAAAGCAGUCAUAAAAUCUUGGUGCCUCCAAACACCUCACCCACAACCUUGUGAAUACUUCUUGUCACAAAAUCCCAAGUAUAUAUCUCCCAUAACCAAAAAAUCUGAUUUUCUAAAAGUGUCAAUAGAAUUAGCCCUAGACCGUGCGUUACGUGCCCAAACGAACACAUAUUCACUAGGUUCAAAAUGUCGCAACGACCUCGAAAAAACCGCAUGGGCUGAUUGUGUUGAGCUCUAUGAAAAUACAGUCCAUAAAAUCAAAAGCAUAGUUGAUCCAAGCACUAAAUGCACAGCUGCUGAUGCUCAAACAUGGUUAAGUACAGCCUUAACAAAUAUCGAAACAUGCAUAACCGGUUUCGAAGAACUAGGGGUCACUGAUUAUGUUAUGCCACUAAUGUCAAAUAAUGUGUCCUCUUUAAUCAGUAACACGUUAUCUUUGAACCAUGGUUAUUACACUGAGCCAGCUGCAACUCAAGUUGAUGGAUUUCCAACUUGGGUUUCACUCGGUGAUCGAAAACUGUUGCAAUCUUCUUCUCCAGCUUCUCAAGCGAAUAUAGUAGUGGCUCAAGACGGCUCAGGAAAUUUUAAGACAGUGAAAGAAGCUAUCGCGGCCGCUGGAAAGAGGAAAGGGACUGGGAGAUUUGUGAUAUAUGUGAAGGCAGGGAUUUAUAGUGAAAAUGUGGAGAUUGGAUCAAAGGUGAAGAAUGUUAUGUUGAUUGGAGAUGGCAUGGGAAAGACAAUUAUUACAGGAAGCAAGAGUGUAGGAGGAGGAUCCACCACCUUUAAAUCAGCCACAGUUGCUGCUGUCGGUGAUGGAUUUAUUGCUCGAGGCUUAACCAUUAGGAACACUGCUGGCCCCAAAAACCAUCAAGCAGUAGCCCUUCGAUCUGGCUCUGAUCUUUCAGUAUUCUACCAAUGUAGCUUUGAAGGGUACCAAGACACUCUUUAUACCCACUCUGAGAGGCAAUUUUACAAAGAGUGCGAUAUUUAUGGUACGGUCGAUUUCAUAUUUGGUAACGCAGCAGUAGUGUUACAAAAUUGUAACAUUUUAGCAAGAGACCCUCCAAACAAGACCAACACAGUAACAGCACAAGGCCGAACAGAUCCGAACCAAAACACUGGAAUUUCAAUUCACAAUUGUAGAGUCACUGCAGCUCCUGAUUUGAAAUCCUCCUCAGUUAAGACAUAUCUAGGAAGGCCAUGGAAAAAAUAUUCACGUACUGUUGUUAUGAAAACAUUUCUUGAUGGAUUGAUUAAUCCAGAAGGCUGGAUGCCGUGGAGUGGUAACUUCGCCCUCAACACAUUGUACUAUGGUGAGUACAUGAACACUGGACCGGGUUCAUCCACUUCAAAUCGGGUUAAAUGGGGUGGAUAUCGCGUUAUUACAAGUGCUACCGAGGCAUCUAAAUUUACCCCUGCUAAUUUCAUUGCGGGAAAUUCUUGGAUUCCAGCUACCAACGUGCCAUUCACUUCUGGUCUUUGAUUUGAUUUAUUAUCUUAUCUUACGAUAUCUUUAAUGUGUUUCUAUGGACUACCCCAUACAUACUGAUUUGAAUUUGUCAAUUUAUAAAUGUUGCUCAAGUUGAAAUGUAUUGUAAUUGAGCAACUUGUUUGUAUUUGUUGUAUCCUUCUUUUGAUUUGUUGUAUUCUCUAGCUAAUUCUUUCUUUAGCAACAAAAUUGUUGAAUUGAGAAUAUCCAUUUUAUAAUAAAGUUCAAAGUUCAUGAUCA